AUGUCCGGCUUCACCGACUCGAUAUGCGUCUUCUGCGGCUCUUCGCCCGGCGUCAAGCCCGAGUACAUGGCGGCGGCGGCUAGCGUUGGACACGCCAUCGCCAAGCACAACUACCGUCUCGUUUACGGAGGUGGCUCGCGUGGUUGUAUGAGCGGUGUCUCUCAAGCCGUCUUCGAAGCGGGUGGACACGUUCUCGGCGUCAUUCCCCAAGUCAUGGCUACCACCGCUCCCUCUGGCCACCCUGGUCAUGGAGGCAAGUCCACCGUCGUUUCCAAAGAGGGUACUGGUCCCACCGUCCUCAACCCGGAGGCAGGUUCCGGCCACGUCGAGACCGUCGUCGUCCAGUCCAUGCACGAGAGGAAGCAGCGAAUGGCUGAAGAGAGCAACCUUGGCUUCAUCGGUCUGCCCGGUGGGUACGGAACUUUUGAAGAGGUCAUGGAGAUGGUCACUUGGACUCAGUUGGGCAUCCACCGCAAGCCUAUGGUGUUGCUCAACGUCAAUGGCUUUUACACGCCCAUCAAGCAGCAGAUCGAUUUGGCUGUAGAGGAGGGCUUCAUCUCCAAAGCCGGUCAGCAGCUCGUCAGCCUCGUCGAAUGCGAUUCUUCCAACAUUGAUGCAUGUGGUGAAGCCGUUCUGGCAGAGGCGGUCCGCCUGUCCAAGGAAGUCGCCUCCAACGGCUCGGGCUACUGGGACUGGAACAAGCCACAAGGACCCGUCAGCACCGCAGAGGGCGGCAUCAUCGACAAUGCCGCCAACAAAUCCCUCCAAGUCGGCGACGGUGAACAGCUCGCGGUCGAAGUGUCCAACCUCACUUUCACCUUCAACCCGGACAUUCCUCCUUCGCUCGAACGCUGCAACCUCAGCCUGACGCGCGGCUCCCGAUGCCUCCUCAUCGGCGCAAACGGUGCCGGCAAGUCGACCCUCUUGCGUCUUCUCGCAGGCAAGAAGCUGUGCGAUUCCAAGGUGCGCGUGUUCGGCAAAGACGUCUUCCGCGACUCGCCUUCCGGCGUCACAUACCUCGGCACCGAGUGGGCCAUGAACCCUGUCGUUCGCUCCGACAUCGUCGUCUCCACCUUCCUCGACUCGGUCGGCGGCUACCGUCACAAGGCACGUCGCGACCGUCUCCUCGACAUUCUGGACGUCGACCUCACCUGGCACAUGCACGCCAUCUCGGACGGAGAGAGACGACGUGUUCAGCUCUGCAUGGGUCUCAUGGAACCGUGGGACUUGCUCUUGCUCGACGAAGUCACCGUCGACCUCGACGUCCAGGUGCGCGCUGAUCUGCUCGACUUCCUGCAGCAGGAGACCGAAGAGAGAGGUGCUACCAUCAUCUACGCCACCCACAUCUUUGACGGUCUGCAGAGCUUCCCCACCCACUUGGCGCACAUGAGGCUAGGAACCACCACCACCACCUUGCCCAUCGACUGGCCAGCCACCAACCCAGCCGACAUCGCCGCUCUGCCACCCACUGCCAGCGCCGACAAGGAUCGCGAUCUCUCGCCUUUGCUCAACGUCUCGUUGGCGUGGUUGCGCGAGGACAAGGUGGUGAGGGCGGAAGAGGAGGCCAAGAGGGGCAGGGUUCGUGGUGCAAACAGGAAAGCGGAGACCACCGACUCGGAGAGGUUCUUCAGCAAAUACGAUUACUCCCAGACCGUCACUCGCUAG